CCGGAUGUAGCAAUAUUAGCUUAACUGGCUAAGAGAAAAAACGUCUUGGAGUUUGUGUAAAACCAGGAUUUAAUAAUAAAUUUAUUACCAGUUUUUGGGAAUAUAUUACCUCUGGAUAUUUGAUUCGGAUGGUUGUGAUCAUUUCUAGACGAAAUGUGCGUCACAGAAUGUAAUUAGCCUUUAUUAGCAACAUGAUUAGACUUUCACCUGAAGAAGAGAAUCAGUGUUUUCGAGGUUGAAGCAUGUAAUAGUUCACAGCGCAGUUAUUUAAGACAAGUCUACAUGCUGAGUUUGUGAGACUGUGCGGGGAGGACCACAUCGUCUGUGGACACCACCUCUAACGCUGUUGUCCAGCUGAGGAUCGAGAGACUGGGGACACCCAGGACUACUAAUCAAGAUAUCAGACUCUGCUCUGGAGGAUCGCUUCAGCUCUGCGACAGGCUGGUUUAUGUUUGACUCCAGUUUCAGACAGCGGAAAUACAGAAGAUACGGCUUAUAUGACUGAACAUGUGAAGGUCGAAGACAAGGAUUGCGAAAAGGAGAAUCCCAGGUGGAGCGAGGAUUUGUGAGAUGAUGAAGGUUGAAGCAGAUGGACCUGGGUCCAGUUUAGAGACCCCCAGACCUGCAGCAUCCACAUCAGACCUGGAGGAAACACAGGACGGCAAAAAUCUCAACUAUCACCAGUUGGUGAUUAAAGAAGAGGCCCUCCCAUACUGGAGCUCCAGUUUAGACCAGCAGGACCCAGAACACCCCCACAUAAAGGAGGAAGAUGAGGAACUGAGGAUUAGUCAGGAGGAAGAGCAGCCUACUGUGAAGAGUGAGGAUGAAGAGAAACCUCCGUUAUCAAAGUCUAAGGAAAUCAAAACUGAAGACAACAGAGACACCGGAGCUUCAACCAGCGGCUCAACUGAACAGAUAGAAAUAGAACUAGAUGGAGAGGACUGCACAGAACCAAAACCACACAGAAACCUGCAUCCAGCCUGUUCUCAAAAGAACAAGACAACGAUUCACAAUAAAGGUAAAAGAUCUAAACUGCAUUCAAAAUUCACAGGACUGAUUGGAGUUCAUGCUGGAGAGAAGCCAUUUGGGUGCAAUGUCUGUGGUGAAAGAUUCAAAAAGAAGUCUCAUGUUAAAGUGCACAUUAUGACACACACAGGAAAUGAAGAACAUGGCUGCGGUCUUUGUGGAAAAGUAUUUAAAAAAAAGAGUUACCUUCAGAUACAUAUGAGACUUCACACUGGUGAGAGACCAUUUGCCUGUGAUGAUUGUGGUAGAACAUUUCAUAGAAAGACCAUUCUUAAGAACCACCUGGCAGUCCAUUCAGGAGAAAAACCAUUUUCCUGUGAUGUCUGUGGUACAAGAUUUAAAAGAGAGAAAUCUCUCAAAAACCACAUGUGGUUGAUUCACACUGCAAAGAAGCCAUUUUCAUGUACUGUUUGCAGUAAACGAUUUUCACAAGAAGAACAUCUGAAGAGUCACAUGGGUGUUCACACAGGAGAGAAACAGUUUGUGUGUGGCUUUUGUAGUAAGGGAUUUUCACUGAAAUCAAAUCUUAAGACACACAUGCGUGUUCACACCGGAGAGAAACCUUUCACCUGCAAUAUUUGUAGUAAGGAGUUUUCUAGACAAGAUCAUCUAAAGAGUCACAUUCGUGUUCAUACCGGAGAAAAAGAAUUUAUUUGUGGGGUUUGUAAUAAAGAGUUUGCACUAAAACAGAAUCUAAAGACACACAUGCGUGUUCACUCAGGUGAGAAACCGUUCACUUGCAGCAUUUGUAGUAAAGGAUUUUCUCAACAAAAUCGUCUCAAAAGUCACAUGAGUGUUCACACAGGAGAGAAACCUUUUGUCUGUAGCGUUUGUAAUAAAGAAUUUUCACAGCAGCGCAAUCUAAAAAUUCAUAUGCAUAUACAUACAGGGGAGCAGCCAUUUCUUUGCAGCAUUUGUGGUAAAGGAUUUUCACUGCAAAGGAAUCUUAAAAUUCACAUUCGCGUUCACACUGGGGAGAAACCCUUUGUUUGUAGUUUUUGUAGUAAAGGCUUUUCACGGCAAGAUUAUUUAAAAAGUCAUAUGCGUGUUCAUACGGGAGAGAAACCAUUUGUUUGUGGUGUUUGUAAUAAAGGAUUUACGCAACAGCAAAAUCUGAAAAGACACAUGGAGGCUCACACUCCAUGAUUCAGGUGUAAUGAAUGUUUAGGUGGGGUAAAUAAAGAUAAAUCUACAUGUGCAACUCCUUUCAGGGGAGCAAUAAUUUUAUUGUAAUAUGUGUAAACUCAGAUGAAAUCAAUAAACGUAUCUUGAAUUUCACACGAUAUGUAAUCUCUACUAUGGUACAUUUCACAAACUAGAAAUUUAAAAAGAUCUAUCUAUCUAUCUAUCUAUCUAUCUAUCUAUCUAUCUAUCUAUCUAUCUAUCUAUCUAUCUAUCUAUCCAUCUAUCUGGAGACGUUUCAGUUAAAGUGAAACAGGAGCCUUAGGUUCUGAUAAAUGGUGUAUUUAACUACAACAAUCUUCCAAUCAAUGAAAUGCUUAACCACAAAUAAAAAGAACUUUUGGUUCUGAUCUUUGUAAAUAACACUUUAAGCAAAAUGCCCAUACCUUUUUAAGGACUCAGAACUUUUAUUAAGUCCAUCACUUUUUAACAAUCAUUUCCCAGUCCAUGAACCACACUGACCAGCAGGUUUGAAAUAUUCAAACCUGGGGUUAAAUUAAAAUGACCAUGAAGUCAUCAGCAAACUUCUUCAAAAGUUUGUCAUAAAUGGUGGGAUUGAGGGAAGGGCACUGAGCAGUUUCUAAAGUUUAUUCAAUCCUAAGUGUAAAUAUUAAGAGGAUUCUUUUUUAUUUAUUUUUUCUACCUACUCCUGGAAUCACUGAGCUCCUAACAACAGAAUCACAAGGUGGCAACAAUACGUCAACUGUCAGUAAUUACAGUUCCUCACUGAUGUACAUAUAAACUUCUAUUUUCCGAUACGGGGUGUAGUUUAGAUGCACAUGUAAAUGUAAAGGCGCUAGAAUCACGCGAGCUCUGAAACAAAUAGUUUCACUUUGUCCUGAACAUCAUGUCUUUCUGACUCCUGCAAAGUAAAUGUUUGUUAGCAGACACUGAUGUCAUCAUCUUGGCAGAACUUGAUCACUACAGCUUGUCCUUCCCAUUUUCUUGUUUAUAGAAAAAACAUGUUUUCAUUUUACCUUGUACAAAAUUAUGUGCUUUACUGAAAAGAUUUAUUUAAAGAAAAACUGUUACGCCUGGGUAUAAAUAAUAUUUAAAAUGUGUGUACAUUCAGCAUUGUAUUCUUUUUAUAAUAAAUGUAAUUUAAUUUCAUGUUUUUUCAGUAAAUGCCCUGAAGUUAGUCUUUUUAAUCAGGGCCAUGAAAACAAAGUGAAAUUACAUUAAAAAUUUUAUAAAUAAGAAUCUAUUUUA